CUCUCCUCUUUCGUUAUAAAAAAAUCUAAAAAAAUCUCUGUAUAUCAAUCAAAAACUUUUCUGUUUAAGUAUCUUUCAAUCAAUCAAAAAAAUAUAUGAUGGAUUUUAAAGGUAGAAACAUCAGCAACAACAGCAAAAAUAGCCCUUCAUCUUCGUCCACAACCACACAAAGUGACGAUGAAAUGAUGAGUGAUUUACGACGAGGUCCGUGGACCGUCGAAGAAGAUUUUAAGCUUAUGAAUUACAUUGCUACUAAUGGUGAAGGUCGAUGGAAUUCGCUCGCCCGCUCCGCAGACCUAAAAAGAACUGGGAAAAGCUGCAGAUUAAGAUGGCUAAACUACUUAAGACCUGAUGUUCGACGUGGAAAUAUCACACUCGAAGAACAACUUAUGAUUCUUGAGCUUCAUUCUCGAUGGGGAAAUAGAUGGUCGAAAAUCGCACAACACUUGCCAGGAAGAACGGACAAUGAAAUCAAGAACUACUGGAGAACUCGAGUUCAAAAGCACGCAAAACAGCUGAAAUGUGACGUGAACAGCAAGCAAUUUAAAGAUACUAUGAGAUAUUUAUGGAUGCCAAGAUUAAUCGAAAGAAUCCAAGCUGCCAAUACCACCGCCGCCGUACCCACCGCCGCCGCCGCAGAGGUUACCCACCACCAACACUUAAGCAAUCCGGCAGAAAUGGGCGGUGGACAAUGGGCCGCCGUGAGCAGCGGAGAGAUGAUGGGGAACAACGAGUUUGCGUAUGCAGGAAAUGUUACUCAGAGUUACAUUACACCUGAGUCAUCUAGCACAGCAGCGUCAUCGGACUCGUUUGGGACGCAGGUUAAUCAGAAUCCUAAUCCGGAUAAUUAUUUCCAAACCGGGCAAGUUUGUUAUUCCGAUUCAAUGAUUAGUCCUUCCGGUUAUUUCAACCCAGGGUUUGAGUUUCUAGCUGCUGAUCAGCCGAACAAUAUGAACCAAUCAUGGUUGGACGGUGGGGACACAACGGACAAUUUGUGGAAUGUUGAGGAUAUUUGGUUCAACAAUAUGUGAAAAAAAAAAACAUUUGGCCUACUUAAAAAAAUAAAUAGGUGAAUUAUGAAUUUUAAAUUAAGAAUAAUUCAUAUAGUUAAUUACAUGUAGAAAUAGAAUUUGUGAUUGCCAAACAGGUCUAAUUGUGGAUUACUUUAUUUUAAUUUGUUUUUUGUUUUUUUUUUAAUUUUAGAUUUGAGAGAAGGGGGGAAAUUGUAAUUUUUAUUUUUGAAAAAUACAAUUCUUUAAUAUUGACACUGUUUAAUGUUUUAUUUUAA